AUGAUCCCGGAGAGUUUCCAAAUAGAGAGAGAAACGGAAGCAGGUAUACCGACACACACACACACACCCACACACACCCCAGGAGAGCUCUGGUUGUCGUUUUGGGACCCGCAGAGCGACUCUGUCCAGACUCAGGCCUCAGCCCCCCACCCUCAGACCCCGUCCUUCCCUCCGUCCGGCCCCCCCGCAGACAUGGCCCCCUCCCUGGCCACGGCCUUCUCCCGCCGCUGGUGGAUGGCGGUGACGGCGGUCAUCGAGAACCUGCUGUUCUCCGCCGUGCUGCUGGGCUGGUCGUCCCUGCUCAUCAUGCUCAAGUCCGAGGGCUUCUACUCCUACCUCUGCCAGGGACCAGAAAACAACUCCAGUCUCAACAUGACUAACGCGUCCACCUCGGAGCCGGACAGCACGGAGGAGCGGCUGACCAUGAACGACUGGCCCAUCUGCAAAGACCAGGACGAGAUGCUGAACCUGGCCUUCACCGUGGGCUCCUUCCUGCUGUCGGCCAUAACUCUGCCCCUGGGCAUCGUCAUGGACAAGUACGGGCCGCGCAAGCUGCGGCUGCUGGGAAGAUCUGUCCAUCCUGAUCUUCUUCGCCCUGGCGAUGAAUGGGUUCGGAGGCAUCUCCCCAGCAUGUUUGGAGACCUGAGGUCAACCUUCAUCGCCCUGAUGAUCGGCUCCUACGCUUCAUCCGCCGUCACUUUCCCCGGCAUUAAGGUGAUCUAUGAUCUGGGAGCCACCUUCAUCUCCAUCCUGCUGGUUUGGGCUGGCUGUGCCUGCCUCGUCUUCCUCAACUGCUUCAUCAACUGGCCACUGGAGCCCUUCCCGGGCCCGGAGGACAUGGAUUUCACAGUGAAGAUCAAGUUCAGCUGGCUGGGCUUCGACCACAAGAUCACCGGGAAGCAGUUCUACCGGCAGGUGACCACGGUGGGGCGCCGCCUGAGCGUGGGACACUCCAUGAAGCACGCGCAGCAGCCUCCCAAAGACCUGGCCACGCAGGAGGCCAACAAGCUGUGCCUCUCCACCGUGGACCUGGAGGUGAAAAGCAGGGGCCAGGAGGAGACUCAGUCUUUCUUGAAGAGCAUCCUCAGUCCCAUUUUCAUGCUGAGCCUCAUCACCAUGUGCGUCACCCAGCUGCGGCUCAUUUUCUACAUGGGGGCCAUGAACACCAUCCUGGAGGCCCUUACGGAGGGAGACCUGAGCACAGUGAGCGUGUACACCUCCAUCUUCGGCGUGCUCCAGCUCUUGUGCCUGGUCACCUCUCCCAUGAUCGGCUACGUCAUGGACUGGAAGCUCAAAGACUGCGAGGACGAGAACGACAAAACCGUCAAAAGGGAGCCCGGCCAGCCUCGCCGGCCCACCAAACAGAUCCAGAAGAUCGUGAACGCCACCCGAGCCUUCAUCUUCACCAACCUCCUUCUGGUCGGCUUCGGGGUCACCUGCAUCGUCCCCAACCUGCCGCUUCAGAUUCUGUCCUUCAUCCUGCACACUAUCGUCAGAGGCUUCAUCCACUCGGCUGUGGGAGGUCUAUAUGCUGCCGUGUACCCGUCCUCUCAGUUCGGUAGCCUGACCGGGAUGCAGUCCCUGAUCAGCGCUCUGUUCGCCCUGCUGCAGCAGCCUCUCUUCAUGGCCAUGGUGGGGCCCCUGGAGGGAGACCCGCUCUGGGUGAACGUGGGGCUGCUGGUGCUGAGCAUGCUGGGCUUCUGCCUGCCCCUGUACCUGCUGUGCCACAGCCGCCACCUGCGGCGCCUCCGGGACGAGGCCGACGAGGACCCCAAGAUCUACGUCAAGGCGAGCGAUGGCGGCGAGGGCGGCGCCCCCGAGGCCUGCGUGUGAGGACCAGGGGGGGCUUCCGAUCGGCUUCCGACUGUGACCCACGUGAACAUUUCAUUCGCUCCGAGGCCGCGGCGGCUCAGAGACCCUCCACACAGAUACACCGUUUUUUUCCCCUCAGACACACAACCGUUAUCUGUGGCGUGGCCGUACACGAUGUCUCACACACACCGCGACGGCGACACAAUGGGAAACGCCGUCACACCCAUUUUCACCCCCCCUUCCUGGUGUUCCGUGAAACAACUGACACUAGAGGAGCAGGGGCCGUAACAGACAGAAGGAGAGGGCUGCGUACAUCUUCCCCUCGGAUCGUCCGAUGCCGUUACACCCCCCCCCCCGAAACCGACUCCACCUCGACCGCGCCGUUAGAAGAUGAAGAAAGUUGCUUCCUGCCGUCUUUCGUCGAAACUCAAAUGAGAUUUGUUUGGUGACAGUGCUGGUCCACGCUCCAGAAACUUCCAGAAACCCCAGAAAGCAUUUGCUCUCCAGCUGAUUCGUGGAGCCUCUCGCUCGACUCGAUUAGUUCUUAUUUCUGUGGAAGACAUCUGUGUAGAUACUCGCACACACACACACACACACACUUUUUGUUGGAAGCAUUUGUCCCGUUGAUGCCAUCUCUGCCUCCUUAUGUGUUGAGAUGGACGGCGGUUCAGAAUGAAACCCACACUGUGAGAUUAGAAGUUAGAUACUCUGAUAGUCCAGAGAAUGCUGCAGCAUCCUGAACAUCUGUGUGUGUAUGUGUGUGUGUGUGCUGAUAGACGAACACUGCAUGAGCCCCGGGAUGACAUUGGUCCUUGAUUCCUUACCGCGUUUUGUUUCUCUAUCCAAAGGCUUACAUCCUCCAACCAUUUUUUAAGUUUACUUGCGGUUAACUUUUGCCGCUCAUCUUUGGUCUAGUGAAACAAAGAGGAGAUUGUGUUCAGAGGAGGUAAACAGGAAACUGUCACGUUCAAGGUUGGAGGGGUGUCUCUCCACAGAAAUUUGGAGUUCAUUUUAGCAAUAAAUGCUAUGAGGUGCUGGACACUGGACAUUUACACAAACACAAGCAAAAGCAAAAGGCUUUAUGGAUUCU